UUUUUCAGUCUGUACCCAAGGCACUGCUGUGCGCAAGACGUCGCAGGAGACGCCGCGCGUGUCCGCUGAGAGGACAAGUCUUAUUCUGUCGUCUUAGGAAAGCCACACACCUCUGCUGUCAAUGUCAGCACAGGUACAGAGGAAGAGGAUCCCGGAAGAACUUGUUGUGCAGGUUACCGGGCUGUUUGCAUAGCCUGUACUUUUAUUUUUAAACACCGAUGGACUCCUUCGAAAAGUAGCAACUCCCUCCAAAGUCACCGAGUUUUAAGUAAAUGAUCGGAGAGAAAAUGAAGGAUCAGAGGAAGAGGGUGCUGUUCGUGGUGAUGGAUGUGCUGUGCGUUUUUGUUGCGGCGCUGCCCUUCAUAAUUAUGACCAUUGUGUACAAGCCAUAUCAGAGGGGGAUUUACUGUGAUGAUGAGAGCAUCAUGUAUCCCCUGAAGGCAGACACCAUCACCCACGGCAUGCUGGCGGCCGUCACCAUCUCCUGCACAGUCAUCAUUAUCUCUUCUGGUGAGGCUUAUCUGGUGUAUAGCAAAAGGAUUUACUCUAAUUCAGACUUCAACCAGUACGUGGCUGCCCUUUACAAGGUAGUGGGCACCUUUUUGUUUGGAGGAGCAGUUAGCCAGUCAUUGACCGACCUCGCCAAGUACACCAUCGGGCGCCCAAGGCCAAACUUCCUGACUGUAUGUGCCCCAAAGGUGUGCACGGGGUAUAUGCAGGUCAUCAACUGCACCGGCCUGCCGCAGGAUGUCACGGAGUCCAGGUUGUCCUUCUACUCUGGUCACUCUUCUUUUGGGAUGUACUGUAUGCUCUUCUUAGCACUCUAUGUGCAAGCAAGACUAGUGGCUAAGUGGGCCCGACUUCUUCGACCCACCAUCCAGUUCUUCCUUGUGGCCUUCGCGGUGUAUGUGGGCUACACCCGAGUGUCUGAUUACAAGCACCAUUGGAGCGACGUGCUGGCGGGGCUGCUGCAGGGCGCGCUUGUUGCUGUUUUCAACGUACGUUUUGUGUCUGAUUUCUUUAAGAAGCGUCCCCCACGUUGCACAAGGCCUCACGCCUCUGAUAGUGAGGAGCCAGAGAGGAAACCCAGUCUGCAGAUUGCUGACUCCGAGAACAGCAACCAUUACAACUAUCACCACAACCCCGGCCCCGUGUGAUAGUGGAGUGACACUUGAGGACAAUGGCCGCAGCCUGCAGACCUCAAACCUGCGUGUUUGGUCCCAAUAUCAAGAGCAUCAACCUUGAUUGUGCAGUCAACAGCGUUCAGGGAGUAAGCUGAGUGAUCAGUGGCCCCAGCUCUGCAGGCUGCCUGCCAGGUUGGGACUGUAUCAGAUCUUAUUGUUCUAGUGAGUUUUGCAAUCAGCUUUUUUUGUGUCUCUGCUUGAAAGGAGUACAGCUUGGGUUCUGAUCUCUGCCCUCCGAGUGCCAUGCUCCUCCCAUUUAUGUCAACCACUCACAACUCACCUGCUUCACUGGACUGACUGAGGGACCUGCAGCCCAUUGCCAAGUGCCUGAGAUCCCUCUUUAAGACUCUGCAAUGACCCCCUCUUCUCCUGUAAGAGAGAAAGGACAAAAACAUUUUCAACACUUCUUUAUUGCAUCCUUAAGCAGAAAACGCACUGCAACAAAGCUAAAAUAUAUCACUGCCUUUUGACAUAGGUGUGGGAAAUGUGUUUUCAAACAGCUUGCACUUCUGACUUUAUUCCAUAUAAUGUCAUGGAAGUAUAGGUCUGAUAUUCACUAUUGGAAAAAAAAAAGUCUGUUUUUUCACAUAUUAAAUGUUUGGUAUGUAAAUGUUUAUUCAGUUUCUCAGGCUGUAAAUUGCAGCUAUAUAUUAUGUGGACAUGGCCAGAAUGGUUGAAUUUUGAAGUGCUAUAUGGAGGAAUAACUAUAAGAAACUAAACAGCCUUAUGAAUGAGCUACACAAGCAACUGCACCAUUUCCACGUAGUGACUUUUUAAUAAUUGGUCAACAGUGUAUCACUUAAUGUGGGUAUAACAUUUUUUUAUAUGUUUUUGAGCUGAAAUCAACUAUUUCAAGAGGUCAUUUCACAAUAAUGUUUAUAAAUGUAGACGAGAACACAGUUUGUAGGUUUUAGGUCAUCUUAAGCUGGUCACACAUUAGGGGACAGUUGCAAAGAAACAGUGGACUGUAUAAUCUUUUUUUUUUUUUUAUCACACUAAUGUAAGCAACUUAGACAACAGUUUCUAGAACAGUUUUCCAGAAGAUCUCCUGUUCAUUUGAGUGGAAAAAAGCCAACAAAUUAAAAAUAACAUACAUUUUACAGCGCAAAACAGACAGGCUUGUGUUUGUAGAAAAAAACAAAAACAAAAAAAAGUGGUAUUUCUAAAGUGAACAUACAGCUCUCAGUUUACUGAAAUUUGCUUCCACCCUGUUGAGUUACAUCCCUAUUUCAUUAAUGUCCUAACCUUUGAGUUUUAUGUCCCGACAACAACAAUCAUCUUUACUGAGAUGUAUGAAUUGUGGAGUUUAGAAAUUAUAGUUCCUCUGUGUGAAAUGGACUGCAAUGGCAGAAAUAACUGAUACACAUUGCUUUGAUUUUGCUGGACUAUAUGUUGCGUACCACUACUAUAUUGCAUUGUAGACAGGUUUGGUUUCUGUUUUGUUUUCUUUUUCAUUAUAUUGUUUUAUUUUACACAUACUAAUCAAAGAAGGAUGAGACAACCAUUUUGAAAAUGGUUUUUUAAUUUAUUUUAAAUGUCACAAAGUUCUUUUUAUUAGUUUUUCGAUGAUGGAAGUGCCAACUCUUUUAGGGAUGUUGUGCAAUCACCCCUGCUUGCCACUAUGAGCCACAAAAACUGUUUUACUAAUGACGCUAUGAGACAUGAUUUGUGAAGGAUGUUGUGUGUCUGCAUGCGUGUGUGUGUGUGUGUGUGUAUGUGUGUAGGCAUGUGAUGUGUGUAUGUUUUCAUUUCAGAUGUAGGUAAGUUCCUUUUUCACCUGUACAAUAUGCUUUGGCUUGUUCCUUCUUAGUCGGAUGCUUGUUGGAGUUGCCACACAAAUGGAUCCAAUUCCAGGUCCAAACAUAAUCCAGAUGCUCUGGCAGGGCUUUUAAAGGAUUACUGUAAUGAUAAAGAGUUACAUACCCAACUGUGUUUUUGAAGUUAGUAACACUGCCCUGUUACCACUUCAAAGAUUGCUCUGUGUUCCUUUUCCCUUUCCCGUGAUGAUAGAUGGGUUAAUUUGUGUAUGAGGUCUCCUGCACGGUUCUGGGGGAGAAUACGGACCACUCGACGACCUACAAUAGAUCAGACGGACCACAAGCCAGAAGGUUGCGGGGAUGGGGGCCCACAGGAAGACAGAGUCUCACCUGGUUGUGAUUGUGAGGCCCUGAAGUCGAGCUGAGCCCAUAGCAAGGCGGGAUGCUGAUAGGGGUGGGCUGUGGGGUAUCCCAUGGUGAACCCUGAUCCCGGGGGUCUUCUGCACAUUGAAAACACACAUUUACAAGAAACAGCUGGAAGUGGUUGCAGUGAAAUGUGGCACAAGCUGACUGUAAUGCUGCUUGCAUCUAAAUUCAUUGGUGCAUUACACAGCCAAGCUAAUGACAGAUGCAGCCAUGAAAUUAAUCAGAAUCAUAGAAUGCCCCCCAUCUUUCUUUAACUCAACAUGAUAUUUUUUUUUCUUCUCUAUAUUGGUUUGGUACCUAGGAAUGGAGUAUUUAUGUUUAUGUGUCCAUAUGUGGCUGUGGUUUGUUUUGUUUGCUUUUUGUGCAGCAUAUAGGUUAUUUCUAUUGUGUACAGAGAUUUUAAAAUAAAGAUGUACUCCAUAUUCAA